AUUUUUUUUUGUGGAGCACAAAAAAUAAUAUCACUUUUGUCUCUUUUUCUUCACUUUGAUUUUCUCUCUGUUUUUUGAGUCCAUAAACUGAUUGAGAUUUGAGACAUAGAAAAGAAUUGAAGAGAAUUUUUUGAAGUUUUCUGUGUUUUUUAUUUUCUCUCUUUAUGGAUACGUAUUGUGUUCAUGAGGUAAAAAGCAAAGAGGAAGGCGAGUGGGAGAAAGAAAGAUAGAAAAGGAUUCCUUAUAAGCAAAAGAAAAAGGAAUAAUUAUAAUUUCCAAAACUUCUCUGCAUAAAUUUAUUGGUUAUACUGAUUGAAGAUUAGGGAUGUCGAUAAUCAGCGAUGCAAUUGUGAUGAAUGCGGCUGAGGCACAAACAGUUAAAGCAAAACUUACAGCGCCGAUUGAUGUUGAUUUCGCCAAAUGCGACUGCUGUGGAUUGACGGAGGAAUGUACUCUGUCGUAUAUAGAAACAAUCCGGCAGAGGUACCAAGGGAAGUGGAUUUGUGGAUUGUGUGCGGAGGCAAUCAAGGACGAGAUCAUUCGAUGUGAGAUGUUGAUUACUGCGGAAGAGGCAUUGAAUCGUCACCUCAAUUUCUGUAAGAGUUUCAGUUCGUCUAGCCCGCCAUUGAAUCCGACUGUUCACUUAAUUGCUGCAAUGAGGCAGAUUGUGAGGCGGAGUUUGGAAUCUCCGAAAUUGCUUAGGUCGAUGUCUAGUAACCCGGCGGAGAUUAGCGGAGAGAUGAAGCAUGCAGUGAUUGUUAGAUCGGAAAGUUGUAUCCCUGCACUUUCUUUGGUGGAUUCGAGUUCGUUUCAUGCCAUGGGAUUGGAUGGAGGUUGUGAAUGAAACAAAACAGAGCAAAUGGCAGUUUGUUUUAUGGAAUGGAAUAGUACUUGCUCUAAGUUAACUGCUGGUCACGGUUUUCAAUUGUAAUAUUUACUACUUGUCCAACAGAUUUUGCAGUUUUGAUUAGCUUUCCUUAUGUAUCUUGUAAAUAUUUAUUUAUGCGAAGCCGUCUUUUAGCUUACAAGUUAUAAUCUUGCCUCUCUUGAAAUUUGUGUAUCUCACUAUGAAUCUUGGUUCUAAUGUAUAAAGGAGUUGUGCCGAUGCACCAAUGAGGAGGUGUGAGAGAUGGACAUGGCACACUUUCGAGGAUAUGAUUUGAGGUUGAUGCUUAUGGUAGAAGUUUUGUAGGGAGCAGCAUGUUGUAGCUCUUUUUUGUGGGAGAGACAGGGAGCUAGUGUUCUCUUCUCUUUUUCUCAUUAUUACUAUUUAGUACUUGCCUAGUAUCUUUUAGUUCGUUUUCUACUGUUACCUAUUGAUUCA